AUGAGUGGUUGGGAUGAUCCAACUCCGCUCAGUGGAAUGGUGAAUCGGGACCCGCCGAGCAAUCAGAAAAACCCCGUUAGGACGGGAUGGCGGGGUUGGGGCAAAAGCAUGUUUGCCGGCUGGCAAGCGAAAGCGGCUGAGCGAGGCCCGGCAGCGACGGCGCGAGUUGCGUUGAUGGGGAAUGUCACCGUUUUCUAUGGUGUGACAGGCGAGGGAGACACGGAAGCCGACCUGGAGGCCCGUCAAAUGUCAGAGUGCUUUUUGGCUAAACAUCCUGACGCAAAGUGGUGGGUACCCGGGCGUCCUGGAGCGCCUCAUGUGGCGUGGUGGGCACGGUUCGAUCCUCAAGCUGUAUUCUACGUGGGAGGGUUUGGAAACGAACACUAUAUCGGGGCCGAGCUCACGACACUCUACUUUGUGCUCUCCGUCGUCCACUGCGUGCUCCAAGUCAUCCUUCAACUAGCCGCACAUGCAAUCAAUGUCAAUGCUCGGCACUUGGUUACCCACAUCCUCGAGCAGGCCAAGCUCACAAUGGACAAAUUCGCUCUCGUGGAGAACAAGCGUCGGGUUCCUCAAGUACGAACAACCGAUCUGACACUCACAUUGUGCAGGGGCAUUCCCGGCCAAUUCGGGUUUACGGGGAAAGAUGUCUGUGAUGUACUAUGGAGCCAGAGUCGGGGCUUGGUCAAUGACACUGUCGAAGACUUCCUUUCUCCCAGUUCCGAAAGUGAUGACAACAACAACAAAUCGAGCUCGGAUUCUGACGACGACAAGACAACGUCGCCUCUUCCCGUACAAGCACCGACUGUCUCGUUCUCGUCAACGCGCGCAUCUUCGACUUUUGCAUCCUCAACUUCCAAUUCAGUUUCAACUUUUCCUGUUGCACCUACACUUGUCAGCUCGACGCCGACUUUAUCUUCAACUUCCCGACGCACAACUACUUCUCUUUCUGUUUCUAUAACUACUACAUCUUUUGUCGCAUCUACCAGUAGCCCUCAUGAUUCACCUACAUCUUCAACAUUCACUUCGUUCCCUUCCGAGACCUCUACAACAACCGGUCCCACCGCGCCGACUGGCAUUCAAAACCUUAUCAGACCGAGACCAGGCUCUGGAUCGUCGGACUCGGGCUCGGACAAUGAUACGGGGGUUAUCUCAGCUCACUUCGUGCGAAGGCGAGCACUCAAGCAGAGGUCCACUGUCUCUGAGAGCAGAGAUAGCACAAGGAAGGUCUUCGAUAGGGAGAAGCUUAGGCCACUUUCCCUGCCUCGCUCUCAACCUCGCGUCCCCUCCCAAUCAUCCUCUGUCGACAUCGAUGAAUCUCAUCCCGAUCUCAAAACACACAUUCGCCGUGCACGCGUCGCUCCCAUAACUAACUCUCUACUCAAGCGCACUCUAGAAGGAUCAACAUUAGAAUAUAUUCCAAUCGCCCCACGAGCCGUCGAUCCCAUGCGAUUUGUUUCUCGUCACUCGAGACGUACCAAGCGUUCAAGAAACCUAACUGCCCGGUCACCCUUCAUCUCGGACGAACAAGAUGUCAAAAUUACACCCAUCUGGAGAUUCGAAGUCGACUCGGAUGACGAGAAGAAACACCAAAGCGGGAAUCUGGCCGGGAAUUCGACUGUCCCAAUGAAUAUGAACCGAGGCAAACCUAUUCUCGUCUCCGUCAAGAUAUCUGGAUUGGUUGGCCCCGGGAUGGGCGAUCAGCAAAUCAUGGCCGGGAACGGUACCGCUACCUUUGGUGACGUAGAACUUUCUCCCGGAUGUGCACUCGCCUUGUCAUGGCCCGCGCAAGUGCUGCGUGAUUUUGCUCGGGAAGAUCUUGCCAUGAUCGGGUUCCAGGUCUGGUUAUUGGGAAUGAGUGUGGUCGCUAUUCUCAACGAGAGUGUCCCUCACAUGGUCGCGGGACUAUUCACGCAAGCACUUUCUACAGGGUGGUCCGCAUUCCAGAUGGCACGGUCUGCUUCGUUCCGAGCACAAUACGGAGAAACGAUCGUUCGUGGAGCUUGCUCAGGAGUCGACGUGCUUCCCGAAUACUUUACUCAUCGCACAACAGACGAGAUUCCAAUCGUGGUCUUCAAUGCAGUCUUCUUGAUCACAAUGACGAUCUUGUCAUGGAGGGUCUGCAAGUAUCCAUCUGCAAUGCGCAGUUUAUUCUUCGUCACAUCCAGUGCUCUCUGGGUCGAUGAGCUUCUCAAUGGUUCAAUUGCUUGUUUCGCGGAACACCAGGGGCUUUACAAAGGGGUGUUCAUCACAAGCAUCUUGCUUUUACUCCCUUGGUUGAUCCUCGGUUGGAUUGGCGUCCGCCGGGAGAACAAACUCAUGAUGCACGCUUUCUUGAUCAUCAGCUUGCUCUUCAUCACGGCCUGGGCUGCCAUGUUUGCUUCAGACGUUUAUCGAUGGUCAUUUGCUACCUGGCCGUUUUUCGCAGCAAUGACCGUCACAUCAUUUGUGGUCUUGGUCGCAACCACCGGCCUUGCUAUCGUUUGCAGGUACAACUUCAAGAAAGGUCUAGCUCUAUUCUUGCAAUCUCAGCAGAUCCUUCCUAGUGGUGAUUUCACCGACGCCAUGCCUGACCCGGAAAAGGUUGGCUUUCCGGCUCAGCGGGCUGGAGAAGAGCUCCCGACUUUUUCCGUCGCCUUUGGCCAUGGCGGAGUCCCUCAGCCCCCUUCACAGAUGUUCCCGGUACAACCAGCGGCUGCCGUCUCCCGUAGUACCACACUGAGCAACGAUCGCCCAGCUGGAUAUUCGGUCAAUCCGUAUGUCACCAACAGAUCCGACUUUUGGGGAGAGGGGAAUGUCGCUCGUAGUGCUUCUAUGCGAAGCAAAUCGAGCACUGACACGAGCUCUGCGCCCACUAUCCGUUCGACGGAUCCUAUGCUGUUUGACCAUGACAUUCCGAGAUACUCGUCCGAAGAAGAACCAGAUUCUGUCCGUCGCGAGCUCCCUCAGUGGGAAGAAGUCAGGCGUUCGCAACUGCCUUCUACAUUUGAUCUUCAGCCAUCCCACUUGUCGAUCCAACCUCAGACUCAAGCUCGGCCACAACUGGAUAGGGAUAGCACUUAUUCUUCGGGAACUACUGGGACGGGAACCGGUCAGUUUGAAGUGCUUCGUGAUGGGGAAUGGCAAAAGGUGGAUGCGCGAGAAUUAUAUCGGGCCAGUAUUGUCUCGGGCGUGACGCAUACGAGCGGGUUCUCGGGUGCGUCAUGGGCGCGUGGAGAUGAUGCUGGGCCGUUACCUACAAGGGCCGCCGUUCCGGUACCACCUGUACCAGCAUACAGGCCACUACAGGCUCCACUCCCUGUUGCUGCUGCACCUCGCGCGUUUGUCGGUCUCCCUGGCAAGAACAUUAAGCCCCAAACGACGGCCAGCGGGCGUGUUACUCAGCAGUUUUCUCCUCCCCAGGCGACUGGUGUACUGGGUGGCGUUGCUGUACCACCAGGGUGGUGA